AUGCCCAGAACGGUCUGGAAGCAAACGGACCCGCGCCUCAAAGAUGACCCCCAGUGGAACAACCCCUCCUACCUCCGGGCCUGCGCGGAAGAAGCCCACUACGAGCCCCAACGCAACGCCUUCCACAUCCCCCUCUACAUCCACCCCGCUUCCCCCACCGACGCCGCCCGCCGCCUCGACUUCCGCGACCACUUCAACAGAAGCGUGGCUCGGCGACUCGAUCAGCUGAGCCCGGACGACGGCCGCGCUUUCUGCUGGAAGGACUGCGCUAUCUACGGCAACGGCGGGCUGACGGGAAAAGACCAUGUCGCACUGCUGGAUGACGUUUACCGGGAGUGGUUCCCGCACCGGGCGCAGGACAAGGACGUGAGUGAGGGCAGUUUCUUUGGGAAAUUCAUGCGCUUCACCCCCCCGGUGGGGACAUUGCAGGAGAUCGUGCGCUUCCACGCGGCGCUGUGUGAGAAGUUGUGCGAGCUGGAGAAGGAGAUACCGGACACGAAACCGGUCGAUCCGUGUGAAGUCCGGCCUGGCCAGGCUCGGUCAGUGGCGGAGUAUAAGCUGAGGGAGACGUUUUCGAUGGCCUUCAUCGUGCUGGAUACCGGGUGGCAGGAGCGCGGUGUUCUGCUUGCCUGGAGGAGCGAGGAUCUUGCGUCGAGAUACAGUUGCGAGGAAGGUGGGGAAAUAACUGGAUACGAUGGCAGCGAUGGCGGUGACUUGGGCCAAACGUGUGUGUUCCGGUGCCCACUCAAGCGCGCGAUGCAACUUAUCGUCUCGGCGGACCCAGAGAGGGCUAAGCGACGGGCAGAAUACAACGAGAUGUUGGAGGAGACACUUGGUGAAGACGAUGACGACGACGACGACGACCAGGAGUAG